AUACCAGUAGACUGGUUGAUGUUCAAUUUCCAACUCAUCGAGUUGAGUGUCGGAUCGACUCGACUCAGUGGGAUCGAAGCAAUUCGCAGUUCAGUUCAGAACUUUGCAUCGGGUGCGUGUGCUGACCUCCAAAGCCUAGCUAGGGUUGAACGGAGAGGAACACGCAGCGUGACAAAAACUGGCUGCCAAUGGAGGUGCUGCCAGAUUCGCCUCUCUACAGCGUGGCAGUACACGAACCGUGGAAAGGAACCAAGCGUUCAACUCAAUAGCUAUCCCGGAAACUCUGUGUGAGAUGUGCUUGUAUAUGCUGUGGGCACUACCGAUCGUGAGAGACUGAACCGAAGGAUCGCAAUACACUUUGCCAUGAUCGUACCUGAGGCAAGGCUCGCCGGAAACUCUCCACCGUGGAACCUCACGAUCGUGGCCGUGGACAGCUCUGAUCCUGGAUCGAGACGAGAUCACCAAACAAAAGUCUCACAAAUCCACCAUUGCUUCUCCAAAUAAUACUAGUAUUGUUCCAAGGACAAGGACUUCAAUCUGUCAAUCCAAUGAGUGCCAACGACGACGAAAAACCGCCGGUCAACAAGAAGCCUCGCCUUGAGUGCUUUGAAUGCCAAGAUGGACCUGAUGUGGUCGUCAUCGUCGGAGACACCGAAUUUGAAGAGUACAGCCACAACCUUCGUUGUUGGAGUGGCUACUUUGAUGGCGCCUUUCGCAGUGGGAUGAAAGAGUCUGAAUCCAAACGUUUUGAGUUUCCCGACAAGGAUCCUAAAGAGUGGGAGCUUAUAAGGUCCCUGUUCGUUCCGCUCUCCAAGGCGAAAGUGACGCAAGAGAACUACCCAAUCUUGCAUCCCUGGUUCGAAAUGCUCUGCUGCAAAUCGGGACUGGAUGACUGCGAUGAUGUUGUCUGUAAGGUGGUGAGCAGGGUCCGUGUCAAAAAGAGUACCGGUUGCGUGGAAAGGAUUGUGUCGGUUGCAACCAAAUGCAUCGAAUGGAAUAGAAACAUUCCCAAGGACAAGUGUCUCGACGUGUUGAAAUCCGUUCUUCAAGACCCUUCCGACUGGACGUUGGAUGCGACGGGUGUUCUCAGUAUCUUGGCAUUAGUCGCCAAAGACGAAUCGGUCUGCAAGACAUUGUGGCCCCUUGUCAAGACAUUUCUCCCUUCUGAAAUGGCAACGAGCGAAUUCCAAGGCGACGGGAUUCAUAGUGGCUUGCAAGAUAACAUCGCAGUCAAUGAGUUCAUUCAGCUCAAGUUGGAAGCCAUGAAGGGCAUGAAGGCAGCUGCCACCUUACACUCUUUGGUUCAAAGAAUCAAAACCCUUGUUUCUGAGGAUCAAGACCUGAAUAACCCGUUCGAUGAAGCACCAUUUAGCGAAGUGGUCGACGGCCACCUGAGAUAUGACAAACAGUUUGUGCGUGCUUUCGAUGCGGUGUUCGAUAAUUGAGUUGGAUGUACAGGCUGUACUGAUGAUGUGCGGAGAGGGGAGGAAGAAGUGGACGAUUUUUGGCUUGAAUUGCCCGUUUGCAAAUUUUAUGGAGAAAGACGAUGGACAGGGUUGUGACUCUUUAGUAUUGCUACAAUUGAGUACAAGAACUAUGUAAGACCUCUAUCAAGUUGAUAUCACCAUUCUUUCUCUUUUUUACUACGGUAUCCGUCGUGAUUGUCGUGAUGGUGAGGCAUAGAGAAGCCUCCCAGUUGCGUGCCGGUACCUACCGCCACAACUGUACCUAUCAAGGAGGACGAAAUCAACUCCCGCGCCUUGUUGAAAAAAGCCAGC